AUGAGCGCGCAGCUGAUGCGGUUGAAGGCCAAGGAGCUGGUCGACGAGUGUCGCCGCCUGGGUCUGCGGACGACGGGCAAGAAGGCCGAGAUGGUCGAGCGCAUCUUGGUGGCACGGGCGACGACGGCUGCACCGACCAAGCGACCGCUGGACGAGACGCCGACCAAUGGCCACAGUAACCAUAGUAGCAACAAGCGCGCAAAGACGGCAACGGGCGAUGGCUGGACAGCCGAGCUCACGACGCUCUUCCACGCUUACGAGGACCAGGAGAACGCGGGCUACAUCUCGGAGGACGGGAUCCUCGCGCUCUGCGAACACAUUGGCGUUGACGCGCAGGAGCCCGUCAUGCUCGCGCUCUCGUUCCACAUGGCGGCGCAGUCGAUGGGCGAGUAUUCCAAAGACGAGUUUGUCACGGGUUUGAAGGCGCUCGGGUGCCAUUCGAUCGACGACCUCAAGGCCAAUAUGCCCGAGAUGGCCAAGAAGCUCUCGACAGACGAGGCGUUCUUUGCCCAGAUCUAUGCGUUUACAUACGGCUUUGCCAAAGAGAAGGACCAGAAGAGCCUCGGUGUCGAGACUGCACUCGCGCUCUGGGAGCUGCUCUUGCCCAAGCGGUUUGCGUUGCUGCCUCAAUGGCUGGCCUACGUGACGGAGCACCACAAGAACGCUGUGUCCAAAGACGUGUGGACGCAGACGCUGGAAUUUGCGCUGCACGUCAAGCCCGACCUGUCCAACUACGACGAGAACAGCGCAUGGCCCGUCCUCAUUGACGACUUUGUCGCACACGUCCACGACUCGACGACUCAGUAG